AUGAAGUGUGUGUGCCUGCUGCUCGUAUAUGUGUCCCUGGUCCACGGCGCCCCCACCCUGUCACACCAGAGUCUGCGCUCAAGACUAGGCGCUCGUUUGUCGGCACUAAUCAUGGCCCCGCCCCCUCCGCGUGAUGUCACAGAGGGCUCCGCUGCAGGCCCUGUCCUCCCUGCACUCCCAUUGGCCCAGAGCCCUCAAUUUCUGCUUGACCUGGUGAAGGGGCAGGGCCGGAUGUGGAGGGGGCGUGGCCGGAAAUCCGUGGCAGGAGGAGGAAGAGGAUGCUUUGGGAUGAAGAUGGACCGAAUCGGCUCCAUCAGUGGAUUGGGCUGUUAG